AUGGGUAGAGAAAAAAUACGAAAACUGAACGAUGUGCAUGACAUACCAACUAUCACAAAAUGGUCAACGCGAACGAAAGCCAUUGUUGGUGGUUCCAUUGCUACAGCUGUAGUUGCAGUAAUUAUUGUUGCAGUAGUACCUCCUGUUGUGUUACUUUCACAAAAACAAGCCUCAACAGUAACAUCAACCCAGGCAUCAACUGUGAUUUCUAUAUAUUGGUGUCUUGAUACUUUGACAUCGGAUUCAUCAAAUGUCUACAUUGGUACACUAAUGAAUGGUGCAACUUAUUUUUCAACAACAAGUUCACAACCAUUUGUUGCUUAUGGCCAAGGACUUAGUCUAACUUCAUCGUCAAGUCAAUACAUGACUAUUGCAACUCCGUUUGUUGAUCUUACUUAUAAAAGUUUUACAAUUGAAACAUGGAUAUUUUCAUCGGCAGCUUAUUCUGGCGAUUCUGGCAUAUUUGGACAAUGUGAAUGUUCGUCAUGUUCUAAUCAAUGUUUAUAUCUUCUUGUUCGAGGAACUAGUUUAUACGCUGGUUUUACAUUAAAUGAUAUAAGUGGUUCAUCAACUCUAGCCGCUAAUCUUUGGUAUCAUGUUGCUUUUGUUUAUAAUUAUGACACAAAACAGCAAAUUCUUUAUCUCAACGGAGUGCAAGAUGCGAUUAAAUCGAGUGCUAGUCCUUAUCAAGGAGUCAAUGGAUCAAUAAAUAUUGGUUCGACACUUGUAUUUACAAUAAGAAAUUAUUUUAAUGGUUAUAUUGAUAAUGUAAAACUAACAACACGUGCUAAAACUGCUAAUGAAAUUCUUACUGCUGCCACUUUAGCUGGUUAUUAUUCAUUUGAUUCUCCUUCUCCAUAUAAUGAUAAUGGUCCAAAUGGUGCUAAUGGGACACAAAACGGUGCAGUAAUUGUUUCUGGUUAUGUCAAUCAAGCCAUACGGUUCACUGGUUCAUCCUCGUAUUUUUAUGCGUAUGGGUUUUUUCAAGUUGGCUACGCAGUUUAUGCGAGCAAACCAUUUUCAGUUGCCCUAUGGAUCAAUCCAGCAUCAAUGACAUCUUCCACUAUAGUUCAAUUUUCUUGGUCUUUGACAUCUUCUCGAUGUCACAAUUUAAUGGGACUUUGGUCUAAUACUGGUAUAAACGGACAAAUAGUAGUUCAAGGAUGGGCAUGGCCAAUUAUAAUCGGUCCAUUUAUAAGCACAGGUACUUGGACGCAUGUAUCAGUGACAUAUAGCUUCACCAAUGGACUUACUCUAUAUGUAAAUGGAACACUUUUUGGUAGUACUGGUAGUGUUGCAUUUUCUAAUUCUGGCUAUAUAACUUAUUUACAAUUGGGAUAUAUGUAUUCUUGUACGUCGAAUAGUAUUACAAAUAAUGGUUAUCAAGGUUCGGUAGAUGAAGUCUACAUUUACAGUCGUGAAAUUACGCAAGCUGAAGUUUCGGCACUUGCUAGUGUAUAA